AUGGCCGAGGAGGAAUUCGAGAUCGACAUCUAUGGCGAUGCCAAUAACGAACAGGCAGAGGCCAAGCGCGACGACGCCAGCUCACAUACCUACAAUGCCGAGGGCUCGCACGAUUCCAACGGUGCUGGACAAGGUGAUUAUGAUGGAAGGGAUAGCGGAUAUGACAACGAGCGGGAGCGGAGCAAUGAGCGGGAGCGGAGCAACGACCAACCGGCCACUUCGCAACAACCUCCCCAACAAGGGGUGAAACGGAAAGAGGGUUCCGAUGAACGACCAGUGGACCCCGGCGCAACCACUGCGCUCCUAAUCUCCGACCUCAGCUGGUGGAACACUGACGAUGAGCUUCGCGGCUGGACGAGACAAGCCAACUGCGAAGAUGAGCUCAAGGACAUCACCUUCAGCGAGCACAAGGUUAACGGAAAGAGCAAAGGACAAGCAUAUCUCGAGUUCACAUCACAACAAGCCGCAACAGCAACCAAGCACAAAAUUGACGCCCUGGGCAACGAGAGCACCCAGCCCGGCCAGAAGAAGCACUCGGUCAUCUACUCGAGCCCGACCAACAACCCCUUCCGGACACUCCCCAAGGACGCGCCCGCCCGCGCCGCCAAGGACGGACAGAGCCGCACCCCCUCCGGCCCCGGCUACGACCGCGGCUCCAGUAACAUGGGUGGCGGUGGCGGCGGCGGCGGCGGCGUCGGCGGCUAUGGUGGUGGUGGCGGUGGGUACCGCGGUCGCGGUGGCGGAGGCGGCGGCUACGGUGGGCCGAGAGGCGGCAUGAACGCGGGCGGCGGCUUCAACCGCAACUUCUCCAACCCCGGCAUGAACGCGUUCAAUAACAACAACAUGGGCGGCUUCAACAACCCGAUGGGCGGGGGCAACUUCGGCGGAGGCGGUGGCGGCGGCGGCUUCAACAGGGGCGGCAUGAUGGGCGGCGGUAUGCGCGGCGGGCCCGGGGGCAUGCGGGGAGGGAGAGGUGGCAUGGGCGGCAUGAUGGGCGGGAUGCCGAUGGGGGGCAUGCCGAUGGGUGGCAUGCCUGGUGCCAUGGGGGGUAUGGGGAUGAUGGGCGGCGGAAUGCCAGGUUUCCAGGGCAUGCAGCCUCACUUCAACCCUGCCUUCUUCGGCGGUGGCGGCAACCAGACCGGCGGCGGCAACGAAUGGCAGAAUCCCCACGGCGCCAAGCGGCCCCGGGGUGAGUAG